ACUUUUUUUUCCUGAACUGUUUGAAUCUUUUACUGGUUGACCGGUUGGUCAACCGGCCGGGCAACCGGUUGGUCGACCGGUGUAGCAUUUUCAACGGUCAGUAACAGUGAUUUGGUAAAAUCUGUGUCUUGAUCUCAGUUUGAUGUCUUGUUUGCUGAAUUCUCAUUUUGGUAUGACUUUGGUGCAACCGUUGGAGCGUGAAAAAGUGGGUUUUUCAUCAAAAUUUAAAUCUGAUGCUGGGUUUGGUUCACCGUUGGAGAUGGUCUUAGUUUGUUUGUUUGAGACUUUUGGAUUAUUUGGUAAAUUAGCAGCCUUCCUUUACGAGCCAAGUUUGUUUCAGUCUCUGUUUCACUCUUCCUAACGAUGCCGAGGUGAUGAAGAUGGGUACAAUGAAGAUCUGCAAAUCUGGACCACAAUGGGUUGACCAUCUUGACACCAACAAGUUCACGAUCUGGACGACGAUCUCUAAAUCUGAUGGUUCAAUCAGAUCGAUUGAUUCGACUACGGCUUCAAGUUCGAAAAUACAUCAAAGGUAUUUUGAAGCCUGAAGUAUUAAUGUUUGACUUAUAUGUGCAACCCUGGAGAAUAUUUAGAAUAGUCUGCAAGCAGGCAUUGCAUUCCCCACAGGAUGCUCUUUGGAUUGGACGAAUAGUUGACUAUGCUUUUACAGUGGCAUUCAAUCCUAUGUUUCGUCAUUUGCUUGAAGCGUCACAAGAAGCCACGAACAUAGGAAUCCUGGUCUUGCUAAAAAUACUGAAGGCAGGAAUGAUUUUGUUCUGGUGCAUUAUGCAUUCAAGCAGUACACACGUCAAUUACAGUUAUUUUCUUAAAUGUAAUCUAUGGCUCAAUUAUAAAUGAUAUACAAUAGGACAUUUUAAUGUUGGAUAUAUUAAUGCAUGGAACUAAUAUUCUUUUCAAUUGAGACAAUAUUUCUACUUGCUCAUAUAUUCUUUUCCCCUGUUGUUUCUU